ACUAACGACGCAAGCAGCGCACGAACGUCUGUCGUGUUCAGUUUCAGGGCAGGUGUGUGUCAGGACGAGCUCUCGAUGGCCUGUAAGAGUCUGCACGCAGCAGAUGUGUGUGUGUCUGAGCCGCUCAGUCUGGUGGAGAUGACGGAGGUCGAGUACUUACAGCACAUUAUUCAGAGCCACAUCGAUGCGCAGGCGACCGAGACGGAGAGCUCGGGCCUUCCACAGCUGGAGGAGAGCUUGUGUGACGAGUCAGAGGGGCCUCCAGCGGGGCCCGGGGACCUGCAGGACAUGAGGAUGCUGCUGCUGAGCGAGUCCCACACCACGCCUGUCAGCAGCGCCGAGGUCCAGUGUGUCACCCAUGAGCGGCCCCUGGAGCCGAGGGUCACCCAUGAGCGCCCCCUAGAGCCCAGGCCGAGCCCAGCUGCUCGUGUCUGCCUGGAGAAGAGAUUUUUAUCAGUGCUUUGUCAUUCUACAAACACUUCAGGGACACCCACACAUGCACAAAUAGAGAAAUGGAGUAAACCAGACAAGAUGAUGAAAAUACAGGGAACGUAUCCAUACGGAGGACGUCUGUUCAAACCGGGUGGGCAGCAGUCUGAGCUGAUCAUUCCUACAGAGCUGACUCUGAAUUUCAGAGCAGAUAAAGGCCCCGAGUCUGUGAUGAGAGCUCCCCUUGUCAUUUACACAGACACUGCUGACCAGCAAACUGCAGACACACUGAAGAAUGAGGCGGUGGAUAAAGCUGCGCACUUCAUCAAGCGUGUCCGCACAAGGCCUCUCAGCUCGUCUGAUAUCAUGCAGGACUCGGAGAACUGGAAGCCAGGCACCAUGUCUGGGACUAAACGUUGCAGGACAAGACUUCUCAUGGACCGAACUCAGCGCAAAGAAGUACACAACAGAAAGGAGCGCGAUCGCAGGAGAAGAAUCCGUCUGUGCUGUGAUGAGCUAAACCUGCUGGUGCCGUUCUGUUACGCCGACACUGAUAAAGCCACCACACUGCAGUGGACCACAGCCUUCCUCAAAUACAUCCAGGAAAUACAUGGAGACAGACUCAAGCAGGAUUUCCAGAGCACUUUCUGUGGCAAGACUGGACUGCGGUUGAAGCCUAGUUGUGUUUCAGUGGCACAUCUCCUCGAAGCCUAUAAAAACACCACAGAACCGGCGGACUCAUCCUCACACAGCUGACUUCCUGUUCUCUGCCGCAGUGCUGUCAAUGUGUGCCUGUAGUUGUCACUCAUGUUUUGGGUGUGGGUUUAUUGCAUGAUGCUAGUUCCUCUCUUCCACUAGCCCGUGUCCAGAAGACCCUGAGCGUUUGUUGUCUUAAACCAGCUCGAGUGAAGAACGAGGCUCAAACCACUGUUCGUUUGAUUUCAGACCCUUGAGAACGGAAACCCUACUGUAAUAUAGUUCAGAUUUAGAGAAGUUGUGCUGUGUAUUGUUGUUGGUGUGUUUAUGCCUUGUUGGUUUGAAAGGCAUGAGCAUUUGUUGUCUCCAUAUGUGUUAUUUUAUAUUUAAUAGUGUACUAACGAACGUUCAGAGAAAUACUUGACUGAAAAGUGGCUUUAUUCAGUUUGUCUUACAAUACCAUGCUGUAGAAACUCACUUUACACACAACAGUAACUCAGAAAUAAUAAAUAGUAUUUAAAAUCAUAUUUAAUAGUUUUACAGCACCUUUAUCUAGUGGAUAAGGUUGAUAAAGCCCACAGAUGACAUAUUUUACAGAAGCAUCUCCAUCGAUGCUUGAAAAUUGUUCCUCGAAUGUGAAACAUUUAGAAACUAAAUGUGAACAUAAGAAUAAAAUGGCAAAGAAAAUCUA